GUAAAUCUCGUGCUGCAGCAGUGCAGCUGUUGUUUGGGGCUUACAUAUCCAGUGAAUUUCCUAAGUACUACUGCCUGAGAAUGAAGGCACUGGAUCUGCUUCUGCUAUGUGCCCUCUUCAGUGUCAAAAUUUUGGCCAUGCCAGCAGCAAAGGCAGAAGAUCAAAGUGAUAUUACAGACACUGUGCAACCUACCAGGGCUGUGGACAUAGUACUGAGUUGUUUCUAUAUAGAAGAAGGAGGUGGCCACAUGGGAAUGUUUGUAUCUGGAUUCACUCGUGACCCAGCCACCCUGGUACUUCAUGGCAUCCAUGUCCCAGAUAGUGAGGCCCUGGAUAGUUUUACAGAUUAUGUACCUCCACCUGAUGCAAGUGAUGAAACAAUGAUCUUUGAAGCUCUGGUUUCAUCAGUACCUGUUCCAGAAGCUGAAAGCCUUCUUCAUGCUGACUGCAAUGGCCAAGAAAUCACCUGUGAGAUAAGCCGCUACUACCCACAGGAGGUGGAGGAAAAGGAUGAGAAUGGGCCAGUCACAGAAGAGCCAGCUGCAGAAUCUGACAAUGAGCCUGCCUGGUUCAUCAGUAGCUUACAGGUGUCAGGAGGCGGGGUCAGUGUUACUUUGGUGAUGAAGACUCAACCAAUCACAAAGUCUGAAAAUGAAAAUCUUUCUAGAAAGCAAAAGAAACUGGAUCUUCUUCUUGGUACCAUGGGGACACUUCUACUUUCAGUGGAAUUUGCUGUCUACACUCGCAUGCCAUCUAUCCAUACAUCUAUUGGUCAGUCUGUCCAGCUGGACUGUGGAUUUACUGAAGGGAAUUCAACAGCCGAGAAGAUUAGCGUUGAAUGGCGCUUGCAACACAAAGGCAUUGGUCGGAGGAUCUACACGUACAAAGAUGGGGAGGGGAUUGCUGAUCGCCCCGGAACACAGAUGGAGCUGCAGAACGUGAUCCUGAAAAGAAAUGCAUCGCUGUUUCUCUCAAACUUUGAGAUUAAAGAUGAAGGCACUUACAUCUGCAUUGUCUAUGCUACCCGCUACCAUGCCCAGCAAGUUAUGCAGGCUCUGAUAAUGGAACCCCCUCAUGUACAGCUCAUUCCAUCAGUUCUAUAUCUGCAGCCACAUGCCCCCAUGCGUGCCACCUGUGACAUUGGGCAUUACUACCCCCUGGAUGUGGAGGUCAUGUGGCUGAAGCAGCUACCUGGUGAUGAGGAAAAGCCCACGCCAGUGUCAGGGACGUCCUUCUCCAGCCAUCGGCAAAACCGUGAUGGGACCUAUAGUGUCAGCUCCUACAUCUGGAUCCAGCCAUUGUCCCAUAGCGAGGAGCCUAUCCCCACCUACAUGUGCCAGGUGGCACACAUCACUCUGCAGGAGCCAAGCACAGUGACCCUUGUAAUUCAGAUGUCGGAGGAAUCCAUACCCCUAGGGAUGCUGGGACUGCUAGCUGCAGCGUGCCUCAUAAUGGUGGGUGUUGGAGUUUUGAUGUGUCGUGCACCUAAAACCAAGAGCAAAGUCCAGUGAUUACCCAUGUCAGAUGAAAAGGACAUUAUGUGGAAAAAGGCUGUCAUUGAGGGUGCUCCACAGGUCACCAGUGAUUUCAUUUCCACUAUCUUCAGCGCCCUUCCCAGCUUUCAACAUCUCAAAGAGUCUGUGUCUUGAGGUUUUUGUGUCCGUAGCCCAGGAUCGGUUUUAUCAGGCACAUGCUGAGAUGUGUUAAAGAAGAGAUCAUUGGGAGAAACAUUGCACCAUCAUGAAUUCCUGGAUGUGACAUCACAACACUUCUCUUCCUCGUGUAACCGACGCAAGUCCUUUACACAAGCAGGUGUUAUUACCACUUGCUGUCCUGCUCCUAAUAUACAUUGUGUCAUUAACUGCUGUUCAGCCUUGGGUGAUGCACAAGAUACAAACUAGUCAAUAAGACUUUAGCAAGAAACCAUGAGGUACAAACAUUUAAAAGGUUGUUAUCCUUAUGGUUCCUGUGAUCAUUAUCUUGGAUUGUUCAUUUUUCCCUAUAACAGCAUCAUCAAAACAAACAUGCCUGAAAAUCUAAACACAUUCACUGGUCAUUUGCUAUGUAGGAUUGAGUUUAUUGGCAUUCACACUCCUUUUAAUCUAUUUCCGUUACUUUUUAUGAAGAUUUUGUUUUUCCACUAUUCAUGCGCAUCUUUGUGUUAUUGUUUAACAUUAACUUGUUUCCACACCACUCUUACCUAUCAGAAUGGACAUUCCUCCCAUGCUGACUGGAUGAGACUGUAACUGUGAAAGGCAGCUCUUAAUGGGCAUUUCCAUAUUCCAUUGUUCUUAACUUCCAUAUAAUAACUGGCAAAUUAUAUCUGCUCCUUUCUAAUUUAAUUACAAUUUCACUUUAGCUUAGGUGUUGGCUGUUUGUAGAGAGGGAUCUAACAAUGCGAAUGUGAAGCCUGUUAGAAGAGGCGGAGUAAUUAGUACUGCUGGUAUAUGCUAACACAUUCAGAGGUUUGAUUCUAGCUUAGUUUAUCUGACUAGAGCUUCUAUGUUGUUUUUGAAGGUGUGUGUUCAGCUUCUAUCUUCACUAAGAUGACAUGUCGAUAGCCUUAUUCAGACUGCUGUGAUGUGCAGCUUGUCUGCCUUGAAUGGAAACACUUGCCUCAUUGAGUUUUAUCUAGUCUCUGAAGUGAGAAAUCUGAAACUGUGACUUUCUGCAACAUACUUUAUCAAGUCAAAUGUUAGUAAAACUGUAAGGACUAUAGAAAAAAUGUACCCAUAGCGACUUUGGGCAAUAAAAAUAAUGUAUAAAAGUUC